GAGCGCGCAACGUCUCGGCCUCAGCGGCAGGCAGAGGGGAAGAUGUCGGCGCCCAUCCUGAAAGUGGCGACCCCGAAAUGGGAGAAGCUGGCCCGGGGGAGCGUGUGCCUGCUCGGGGUGCUGCUGUCCGUCUACGCGUACCAUGUGGAGAGCGCCCGGGCCAGUCAGCCCGGCUACGUGGCCAUGUGCGACCUGAGCGAGCGGAUGAGCUGCACCAAGGUGUUCGGCUCGAGAUGGGGACGAGGAUUUGGCCUUGUUGGAAUCAUUUUUGGAAAAGAUAGUGCUUUGAAUCAACCAAACAGUAUAUAUGGACUUAUUUUCUAUAUACUACAAAUGUUGUUGGGUAUGACAGUGAGUGCAAUGGCUGCUUUAAUACUAAUGACGACAUCCAUAGUGUCUGUGGUGGGUGCACUGUAUCUAAGUUACAUCCUGUACUUUGUACUGAAGGAUUUUUGCAUAAUUUGCAUUACUACAUAUCUCCUGAACGUCACGCUCUUCAUCAUCAACUAUAAACGACUGGUUUACUUGAAUGAGGCCUGGAAACAGCAACUCCAAUCCAAACAGGAAUAAUCUCAAUGAUCUGCAAACUUAACACCUGGAGAGCCUGCAUCCAUUAUGUCUAUUUGGCAGUAAUUGUUUUUGAGAGAGAUGUAUAUGAUAAAAAGAAAAAUCAAAAUCAUUGAGAAACAAUUUCUUUUAAAUUGAAUACUUGUGUGGGACCCUGGACUGACUUGGUUUAUCCUCCCUCACAUGAAGAUAACUAGACAAGCCAACAGAAAGCAAGCUUUAACUGUAUUACACAUUCCUUCGAAGAUCUUUUGGUUCUGAGAAACUUGCAUACACUAAGUGAUAUUUGUUUAAACAUCCCUCCCACCCCCCAUAAAAGUAAACUGCGUGUUAAAUUGUGAAUGAAAGUGCCUUUGUUCGAGGAAUUUUUAAAAAAAUCAUAAGUGUUUUAUAUUGCACAGGAAGUGACUAAUGGCAUUCUUCAGUCUUGGUGGUCUAAUGAAUGGGUCUGGAAAUUGUCUCUCUUGGCUAAAUGACCUGAUGAGAAUGUUGUAAGUCCAAAUUCUUCCAGUACAGUUAGAAUUUGUCUUGGGAGAUGGUAUUGUUACACUUAAAAACGCUCAGGUCCUCUAGGACUAGCUUUUUUCUGAGUGCAUGGAUGAUUUUAAAAGGCCAGCAACUAUGCAGUCACAGCAUGCCACAAAGGUAUUUAAACUAGCCCAGUUUGGAGUGCGAGAAAGUUCUCGUCACACCUUACUAGGAUUAUAAACUUGCUUCAGUGAAUCUAAUAGAGCCAAUAUUUCAUGUAAAGGUAUAUCUCUCUAAAAUUGACCCUUUUUAAUAAAAGUGCAGUCAAUUGGUCAGUGAUUUUUAACAAAGUUUAAAAAAAAAGUUCAUGUUGCACUUUAGGAGAUUUUCAUUUUGAAUUCUAGUUUUACUGUUUGUUUCAGUAGUUUAAUACUGCCACUACUAAUGCAGCAGCAUCAUGUUAAAACAAUAUAAAUGUGGUCAAUCAAGCCGACAAUGUUUUUUAAUUUUAAAAAAAAGGACCUUGUUUAAGGGACUCCUAUUCAAUUUGAUCGUGCUGCAUACAACUUUACUUUUGUCAAAGUAGUAUUUUGUUUAUAUUGUGAUCUUAAUUCGGCUGAAGAUAUUUUUCUGUAAUUAUCACCAUUGUGCCAUGUUAAUUAAUAGUCGAUAAUUUCUGAAGAGUUUCUACAUUAAAAUAUAGUCUACUAAUAAAUUGAUUGUGUUGGCUAGGAUGGAGGCUUUAUUCUGUAUUUAAGCUCAAUUUGAUGUGUGCAAACUAUUCGUUGCUUGAACAAAAAUAAAUCCUUACAUUCUAUAAAUGGCUGCUGUCCAGAAGUUGAAAAAUACAACUUCACAAUGUUGAUUUUAGGGUGGCUUGUGACGACUUGUUUUCUCCCACCACUCCAUUUUAUUCAGAUGGACAUUUUAGCAGAAUAGGUUUUUGCUUGGCUUUGAAAUAUCCUUGCUAAUGUGGUUCAGUGCCUCCAAGUGUUGCUGAAGGGUUAUAGUUGUGCAUAUUCAGUAUUUGACGGUAUACUGACCACCUAUCAUGUUUUAAUUGAGAUCUUUUGUAUCCUUACAGAAAUGGAGCUCUCAGUUAAGUGUUGAUGCCCCCAAAAUAGUUUGGCAGCAAAUUAAGUUUUUUUCAAACUUAAUAUGAUUAAUUACAUCAAGAAGCAUCCUGAGUCAUUGAGCAAGCCUGAUACCCUAACAACCUUCUAAAUCUGCCAAGUAGCUUAUGAUUUCAUUAGAAGGAGGUUACUUUAAUUUUGUAGAACCCAACCUGUUGAACUGUAUUGUCUAAGUGAUUAAUAGAUUAGUGUAGUACUUGGAACUGGUAACUAUUGGUUCAUAGCAGCAGUGUUCAAAGAACAAUUCUUCUGACUAAAACUUCUAAAAAAAAAUAAUGCCUAUGAACCAAACAAGCUUCAAUAAAAUAUAUCAAUGUUAGUAUACCUCAGAGACUGUGUUCAUAAACACAGGAUCCAGCUGUUGUGACUGAUAAAUGUAUUGUGACCCAACGGUUAAUCGUCAUUUUCUUUAUCCUGCCUACUUGCCAAUGUGGAGUUGUGUUUAUAAGAUGGGGCAACUUUUUCCAUCAGGUAUCUACUACUGGUAGAAAAUUCAUAUCCAUCAGAUUUUAUAUUUGCAAAUGGGCAAUUGUCUAACAGUUUUUUUUGUUGAUCUUAAAUCUUGUUAAUGUGUAGGAUGCUGUACAUGUAAACUUAGUAAUUUAUGCACUAUUUUCUGAACACUAAAUUUGCUGUCUUUGUGUCUUUACCAAAUUGGGUCUUUUUUGUAGCCUUUGUGCUGUAAGUGUUUUAAUGGCAAACCUUAAUGCAGUUACUAUUCAUCCAUUAAUGCAAAUAACUGAGGAUGUUGGGUACAGUUAAAGCUUGUCUCAUGGGAUAUGAAUCCUGGACAUGGGGAAUUGCAUUUCUUGUAUCUGUGCUCCUUGAAGCUGCUGGUACAGUAAGUUACCUGAAGUCUGUCUGAGCUCCAGAAGACCACUGAAUGCUAUUGUACUAUUAUUGUGACAUUCCUGUGACCCAAUAAGCUGUAAAAAUUCCAAAGGAGUUUACUGAUCCUGUAGCACCAAUUCUUUAUAUCUUGGCUGUAGAUGACAUUUAUGCUCAUCUUUGAUCCUGUUUUUUAUGUUGAACUAUAUUAGGUAAUGGCAAUUCUACAUAUAUUUGAUUUGAAACCAGUCUAAUAUUGAUUUUUAGCCAAUGCAUUGGACUUGGCUAAAAUGUUUUACUAUGUGCACCUCUUGGUGUAAUGCCUUUAUUAACAACAGAGGGAUGGACAAAUUUAAAAUCUUUAAAUCCUGUUAUAUUUACCCUUUACUUUCCCCACCAUGAUUUGUUUAUAUUGCACUGUCUAGCAUGAAGCCCAUGUUUAUUGCUCAAGAUGUACUGUAACUAUAGAUUCAUUCCUAUUGAUACUGGCCUAUCAGUACUUAUUCCUGGUCUCGGCAUUAACACAGGCACGAGCAGACCCUAAUUCUGAAGCGGUAAACCAAGUUUCCGCUACAGUAAAUCAUUGUCUAUUCAACAUGAACAUGACAGGGUGACAAAUGCUGUUUAUUUUUGUAAAACUAUUUAGCAUGGCAGAAGUAGUAUGUUCUUGAUCUGUAUAAUAUGUUCCAUCAGAGUUAUUUAUUAAUGCUGCUUCAAGCUCAUGAGCACGUGUUAAAACUUUUAAGGUGGACUCUGGGCAUUGAUCCCCUUCACAGCCACAGAUGAGAACUGUUUUAUAAUAGGUUCAGGAAUAUGAUUUUGCUAAAUAGCAAAAAUUGUAAAUAUGUAUGAAUGUGUAUUCAUUGCACAGAAUUUUUUGGUAUGAAAUAAAUGUAGAAUCUACAUGA